GGAGAGCAGUCCUCCAUUAGGACUGAGCACCUCAUCCAGCCCCACUUUGUGAUUCAGUGGAGCUUACGCAGAGAAACGAAUCAAGAUGGUUGCCUCUAAGAAGUCGAAGAAGUCCUCGGACAACAUUAACUCUCGUCUGCAGCUUGUGAUGCGCUCCGGUAAGGUCGCUCUGGGCUACAAGCAGACCCUCAAGAACCUGCGCAGCGGCAAGGCCAAGCUCGUGAUCAUGGCCUCGAACACGCCCCCGCUCCGCAAGUCGGAGGUCGAGUACUACUCGAUGCUUGCCAAGACUGGCGUGCACCACUUCUCGGGCACCAACAACGACCUCGGUACGGCUUGCGGCAAGUACUUCCGCGUGUCGUGCAUGUGCAUCCUUGACGCCGGUGACUCCGACAUUCUGCGUGCCAUGCCCUCGGAGAACUAGAUGCUUUUAGCCUAGUACUUCGACUUAAAGCUGACGCAGAAUAACAUUCUUUUGAGGCUCCCACCA